AUGCGACCGAGCUGCUGCAUCUGCAUGGAGACCAUUCAUGCCAGUAGCAGCAGCAGCGACGGCAACAGCGUGAGCGCUACCGAGUGCGGCCACGUCUUCCACGACGUCUGCCUGCGUCGCUGGCUGACGACGUCCAACAGCUGCCCGACUUGUCGCAAGCAGCUCCACGACGAAAAGAUCGUGAAGCUUUUUCUGGACGGGGCGGACUUGCUGCCCGACGGUUGCAUUAGGAACGAGGGUGGCCCAUUGCGACUAAUUCAGCGUCAACUAUGCGUGGCCAGGUCACAACUGGAAGAGGCCGCUGCUGUCGAGAAGAGACAGGCUGAGGAGGCCCACGCGCUACGCGGCAACGUGCGUCGACUCGAAGGCGUCGCGCGGACGUACAACUCAAAGUACGUCAACAUGAUGCGCGAGAACGGCCGCCUGAGGUCGCAACUGAGAUACUUGAGGGAAGAAGUCAGGGACAGGAGGAUUCUCCGUAGAGAGAAUUCAGCCCUUCAAAAUGAGCUGCGCAGCAAAGAAAGACAACUAGCGAUUUCCGAAGAGAUCCGUAAACGCAUGGAUCAUGCGAUGGGUGGCCUCAGGGUCCAGUUAGACCAGCGUGAAGCCCUGUUGCAGCAGCAGGUGCAGCAAAUCCAAGCACUGCAGGAGCGUUCCCAUCAUCACGCCGAAUUCACGUUUCAGAGCAUUCAGUGGCCACUACCAAGUUGGUCUGACAGGUCGGAUGACUCGCCACAAAGAAAACCGAUGCUUCCAUCGCAGGGAACAGUGGAUAGAGAAGACAACCUGAAGAAUUCUGCCAUAGGUCUUGCCGAGACUAACUACCGAUAUAGGCAGAAUACCAACAGCAGUGCUAGGCUAAAGACAUUUGCAAGAUGA